UCCCAGGUAACCGAGUAAACAGACUUCCAUCUCCUUUUCCUCUGUGAACUCCGCUAGGUAUUAAGUGGUAGGCAGGAAGCAGUGGAGAGUGGAGAGGUGCUCUUUCGUGAGAGAAGGGUCCCCCGAAGGGUUGGAGCCCCCCAAGAAAUUGGGAACUUCCCUCCAGCCAGGUACAGCUUUCCCCUUAGAGAUGAGUGCCCUUGGAGGAAUGAGGGUGUCUGAGAGAUAUUCUCCCCAGAGCAUGGAGGUGGGAUUCACCCAGGAAGGAAAGGAUGACUUAGGAGAGAGGAGAGUCUUCAUGGGAACAAAAUCUCCCACAGAGUUGGGGCUCAGAUUGGGAUUAGGAAAAGAAGAUUUCCCACGGAGGGAGAGCUUCUUGGUUAGUAAUAAAUAUGGGGAGAGGAUGGCAUCACCAGAAACAAAAUCUCCUUUGAGCAAAGAGCUUGAAAUGAGAUUAAAAAGACAGAAUAUUUCUAGGAACCUUAUGGAGAGGAGUAAUUUUGGAGUCAACACGGCAUCAUCCUCACAGGAAACAAAACCUUCUCUGGGUAUGCUACCAGGAAGAGUGGGUUUAGAAAAUGAGUGUCUUCUGGCGGGGUAUUCUCCUGGAAGGAUGCCUCCCUUGGGCAUGGUGUAUGAAAGUCCGCAGGCUCCAGGGAGCAGGAGAAGUCCUGUGGCUGGUGCCCCUGAAGGGUUAGGGGCUUCAGUGGGGAAACAGCCGGUUUGGGGUGUGGAACCCAGGCAGGAACUGGAAAAAGAGUCGACCGGUGUGGUGAUGAAUCCCAGUGCAGAGAUGAAGCCUCCUGUGGAGGUGGGCAUUGGGCUACCACAACCAAAGGAGCCAGAUGAAAUGAAGAAUACAGAACCCGAAAUGGGCUCGGUGAUAGACCUUGAGUGCAAGUUUGCCCAACAACCUGAAGAGAAAAAGGAACCUGAGAACAUUGAGCCAGGACUGGAACCUCCAGAUCACAUCAGACCCAUAUACGCUGGGAAAUUUUUUGAUCGAAUGCCUUGCUGGCCAAGUGCAGGAAAAGUUAUUCCAGUCGGAUACAGAGUUGCAACUUGCUUAACUGAAAAACUUCCCAGGUUAAUUACUCCACCUGAGGCCAAAAAAUUUUUCAACUUCAGAUAUCCACCUGCUGGAGCUGAAAGAGUAUUUUAUGGCAGAGCAAAUGAUCCUCAAAUCGCACCUUAUUUGACACAUGGAAUAAAAUCUAAAAUUUCCAUACCGGCAAAGGUGUUGAUAAACCCACAGCCUAUCACAACAUUUCAACAGAAAAUUAAAGAUAAAAAGGAAUCAAUAUACUUUAGCAAUCAACGAUCACCGUUAGGAAAGUCCCAUGAUCAAACGCCAGGAUUACCUAAAGGCCUGGAUGUACUCAGUACGACCUUUGGGAGCACAGCCAUCAGAGAAAUAUCUGCUGGAGAUGUGGUGAAUCCACCAAAAACCUAUGAAGAAGUAUUUAAAGAAGGGAAGGAAGGACAUGAUCUGUAUAUUGUUUCUCACAAUGAUUAUUAUGUGGGAGAAGCAAAGAACCGAAAGUAUAACCCAUCAAGUUUCCAUAGGUUUAACUUGUAUGGGGUCCCAACACCACAUUUUAAUGAUGGACGCAACACGGCAAAAUCUUUAUAUUGGCUCCAUGAACUACAAAUGAAAAGAGGAGCUAAGAUUGUAUCCAAGAGAGUUGAUGAUUUCAAAGAAAAGUUUCAGCAUAAACUUGGAAGAGUUUUAGAUCCCAUUGCAGAAACAAUGAAUGUUCCCCCAGACCACACAUUUGGAGCUUGUCUCCAUCCUGAGGAUUAUGGAGCUGAUGACCUUAUGUAUAACAGACGUCCGGGCGAAUAUCUUCGAGGCAAGGACCGACAGCGAGCCCUGGUUGCAGCAGUUCGGCAUCACUUGAAGAAAGUUAAUUACCAAAACUUUGACACUUUGCUGGCAGCCUUCAGGCACUACGACAAGAAGGGAGAUGGGGUGAUAGAUAAAACGGAGCUUCGGGAAGUUUGUGACCAGGCCAACUUGCGUGUAAAUGAGAAGCUUCUGCACCAGCUAUUUGACUAUUGUGAUGUGGAUAAUGAUGGGCUGAUUAACUACCUAGAAUUUGCCAAUUUUCUUAACUGGAAAGAUAAAAUGCCUCUUAAAGAGUAUGAAGAGAGGGUCAUCAUUAAAGGUAGAAAACCAGAUUGUGCAAACCCUGCUGAGGCUACUGUUGAAGAAUCUAAACCAACUCUCUUGAUAAAGCCUGAAGAUAUUGUCUUAAAAGAACCAGGGAGCUCAGAAAAGACUCUCCGGACCCUUCUGAGGCCUAGCGAUAAAGUGUCUCGCCACUAUAAGACAACGUCUUCUGAGAUCGGUGCAGUUGUAGGAGCUGUUCCUUCUAUGUGUGAAUUGCAGAGAUAUUAUGUAGCAUUGGUGUCAAGCUUUCUGAGGAAGAAUUUGAAAACGUGUGGAAACUUGCAUCAGAAAAACAUCACAGCGGAGAAGUUUGUGUUGAGAACAUCAGAAAUGUUCUAGAUGAACUACAACAUGCAGACCGGAUCAAGUGUAAAACAACCGCGUGAUAGUUUUGAAGUUCAUUAAUUUAAAUAAAAGAAUUGUUAAAUCUGUGUUCAUCUAAAAUGUUCAGUCUAUUCUGGUUUCAGCUAUUACGUUAUAAUUCUG